CCCUGCAUUUAGGUCAAUAAAAAGCAUGGCUGAAAAACAAAACAAGGUUGCUGAAGAUGUGGUUGAAUAUUUCCUUUAUCCGUCUUUGUCUGAAUCGACAGACCGAGAGGAAUGUGUCAGAGAGCUUGAAGAAUGUUUAAAGAAUUAUAUGACCUCAUUGAGCACACUGCUCAUUGAUGUUAUUUGGCAAAAUGAAGGGUUUAAAUUGAAAUGUGUCCAAGAAUCUGGAAAUGUUCCAGGCCACCUGCAUGGGGAGACCUCUUUUGCAGAAAACGUAGAAGAUGAAUGGUUCAUUGUAUACCUGCUGUAUCAGCUGACCCAGAGAUUUCCCGGCCUCGUGGCCAGGGUACAUGACAGUGAUGAAGAAUUUCUGCUGAUAGAGGCAGCUGAUGCCCUCCCCAAGUGGCUUAACCCUGACACUGCAGAAAACAGGGUGUACAUCUACAAUGGAGAGCUCCACAUUAUUCCGGUCCCGCAAUCCCACACAGAUAAAACAAUAUUUCCACAAACUGUGAACAAUAUAGGGGAUGCGGUGGAUUGUAUCCGCAAGAAUCCUACCAAGACACGUGCAGCACCGAAUAUACAGGUUGCCAUCAACAACAGGAUUAACAAGUUUCCAGACCUGCUACAGGAUCACACACACUACACACACUGCUUCAUCCCAGCUCAGAUGGCAGCCAUUUUGGAUGAGCGUCCAGAUCUCCUUGCCCCUGCUGUCAGAGCCUUUUACUACAGGGACCCCAUGGAUUUAAAGUGCUGCAGAACAUUUACCUACUUUCGACCUGGCACAAGAAUCACACACAGGACCCGUAUGACGCGUUGCCUAUAUGCCCAGCUGGUCCACCAGACAUUCCAGCCUGAUAGGCGAAGUGGCUGGGUUCUUCCAGCAACCUCCAGCCCAAAGUUCCUGUCACAUGAUCUGGGCAUGAAAUUGGCCCAUGGUUUUGAGAUCCUAUGUCACAAGGCCGCUGGAAAUGAGGCUACCACUCCGACCAAUGACAACAUUCCAACAAAAAGUCACCGGUGGCAACAGUAUGUCCAGUCCCUACAGGAAAACAACUACUUUAGGGGUGAGCUGGAUGGGUCAGUGUUGUAUAAGAAACUGUUGGACAAUGCCUGGAAGUUCUACAAGGAAAAUAUGCUUUACUCACACAGAUCUGAGGAUCCUGGAAGCCAGAUUCACCAACUGCUGAAGUCAGUGCCUGUGGACGUUGAGGAAAGGCGCUUGGCUGAACACAACCUUCAACCACCCGAUGAUGAUUCCUGGUUAACACUGACCCCAGACUCACUAGAUGCCAUGUUACAAGAGCGGGGUGGUAACCUUGAUGAAGAUGGAGACGUGUUUGACCUUGGGAAGGUGGCAGACAGCAUGAAGUCAUUUGUAAAGAAAAUCUCCAGUGUAGAGGGAGCAGAGGUUCCAGGUGCUGAUGAUGAAGAUGAUGAUGCAGACAUUCAGUUUGAUGGCAGUGGCUUCAUCAACGCAAUGCAGGAAAUGUUUGAGUUUGAUGACGAUGCAAGUGUAUCAAGUUCUGACAUGAGUGAGUAUGGCUGGGAGGAUGACUCAGACAACGAAGGUCGGGGAAAAACCAAAAUUAAGCGGCCCCCAUCACUUGACAGGUACAUGGAUGUCAUGGACCGGGAACUCGCCAAGACUGAUGUUGGGAAAAGCUUUGAAAGGCAGAGCAAACCACAGGCAAAGAAAACCACGAAGGAGCCAUCUGGAAACAAUUCCAAGCCACCAAAGGACAUAGAUGAGGAGGAUGAUGACUUCCAACCAGUGGACAUCGACCUGAAUGCUGUGAAGAAUUUGUUGGAGUCAUACGGUGCCCAGGAAGGACUUGCCGGCCCCACCUCCAACAUCCUGGGCAGCAUGGGGCUGGUUCUGCCCCCUAACUUGGACCACACACCCAACGGAACUACACCUACUAAUGAGAAUAUUGAAACUAUAAGUGCUCCAUUACCAGCUGAGGGGAACAAAGAUAAGCCCCAACCGCCCACAGUUCCCCCCAGGGUCAGGGAGAAAGGUAAGCCAGCUCCUCCACCCCGCCCGGUGGUCCCACCCCGAAAGGGGCAAUCAAGCCCUAAAUCCCAGGCAGCCAAACCACCACCAAGAGUUUCCCGUUCAAGAAUUGACAGCAAGGAAACAGAUGUCUAACAGUCUGCUUAUGAUGUUCAUUACCUAAUUAAAACAACGUUUUUAUAUUGUGAAUUAUAUGAUCUUUUUUUAAGCUUACUAGUACCUGUUUUUCAAAGACAAGAAGUCGAGGUAUUGUCAUGGCCUUGGCUUCCUGACACUUCAACCUUUGCAAUAUCUGAGAAACAUUCAAAAUAUUUCAACCUUUUGGACCUUCAACUUUAAUAAUUAUUGAGUUAUGCCAUUUUUUGAGCGUUCACUCCACAGAGCUCUUGUUAAGGUAUCGUGAUGAGGUCAUAUUGCAUAAUAAUUAUCAUUCUCUCAAAAAUAUAGCACAUCUUGUACAGUUUUCUUUUUAGAAAUGUUUAUGCCUUCACUGUCAUAUGUCUCUGCUCCUUCUUCGUGAAAUUUUUCACAUUUUUUGUUUUAAUUUAAACAGAAGAUGUUCUCUCGCAAUAAUGAUCUGCAAUAUGCAAAUACUCUUUUUUAUAUAAUUAUGUUAAGCCUAGCUAUUGUAACAGUAAUUUCUAUCUACAGAUAUGUGUAGUUCCUUCUUUUAAUCAAACAAGAUUACCAUGCUUUAUUAUUGUUACCACAUUUUAUAUUGUAUCAGCUUAAGUAUACAUGUACAUCAUUUUUUUUAAACAUUUACUUUUUAUACAUUGUUCAUUUCAAGCAUUGACUGGAUGUGACUUGUCCUUCAUGAAACUUAUCUAUAUGUAUGUUUUAAAUUGGAACUGACAUUUCUUUCUGCAAAAUAGAGAGUUAAAUAGAGAGUUUGAGAAAUCUCUAAAGUGGUAGUGGACAUAAUUAUAAUGCCAAUAGUUUACUGCUUAAUUCCUGUAAAUAGCUUUUUACUGAUUGCUAAGAAAACUUUUCAAAUCAAUGUCAACGAAAAUUCAAUAUUUGGUACUGUAUAUGUAAUACAAUGAAUCAAGGGCUCAUCCCACUACAGAUUUAACUCCACAUAAAAAUUGAAAGAGUUAUGUCCUUUUUGCUUUGCACCAUUGAAUUGUGAUUUGAUUGAUCAAGCAUUGUUUAGACAAAAUGUUUAUACAUGUAUAUUGUAUAUGCUUAAAUUGUAAACAACAUUCCUCUAAAUGUAUUACCUAGUCAUAAUAUAGGAUUAAUAAGCAGUGUUAAACCGUCCACGGAUUUGCACUAGAAUUGGUGAAUAUUUUAUUUAUAUUGUUAGCAUCUUUGUGACCUUAAAUACUCUCUCAGCCUGUGCUCAAUCAUUUUGUUUUGUUGACAACAUUGACCAUUCAAAACAUAUUUUGCUAGUGAACUAUAGUUUACAUGAUCAUUUUGAGACUUGAAAUGUUUUUAACUGAACAGUAAAAUAUGGUUUUGUGUGUAUCUGGAGUUGGUUUCUGGUCACAUUGAUCAGCUCUUCCUUUCAUGAUCACAUUUCAUGUUCUAGUCCCAACUUCUUAUUUGCUAUACAACAUACUGCAAAGUGUGUUCAAUAAAACAUAGAUACUAGCAACAAUAUGAGAGAAAAAAAGAAGUUGUAUCUCCUUUAAUAUGGCAAAGUUAUGUUUUAAUUCAUUUAUUAUUUUAGCUUGUUUGUUCAUCAAAGAGUCAUUGUCAUGACUUAGUGCUGUCGGGUCAGCAGCACUGUCAUUGCCAUGACUCAGUGCUGUCAGAUCAGCAGCACUGUCAUUGUCAUGCCUCAGUUCUGUCGGGUCGAAUGCGCUGUCAUUGUCAAGACUUAGUGCUUUUGGGUUGGCAGUGCUGUCAUUAUCAUGACUUAGUGCUGUCGGGUUGGCAGUGCUUUUAUUGUCUUGACUUAGAGCUGUCGGGUCGGCAGCACUGUCAUUAUCAUGACUAAGUGCUGUCAGGUCGGCAGUGCUCUCAUUGUCAUGACUCAAGUGUUGUCGCGUCGGCAGUGCUCUCAUUGUCACGACUCAGUGCUGUCAGGUCAGAAGUGCUGUCAUUGUAGUGGAAAUUGUUUUGAAUUGGCCAUUAUUCAAAAAGCUCAAGAUAUGCAAAAUUAAUGAAACUUAGUACAGAUGUUGCAAGAGUCAAUAUGCAUAUGUGUAUUAAGGCUCUGUCUUUUUUGAUUUGUCAAAUAAUGCCCCUUUUCUCCUAAAAGUAGCAGGCCAGCAUUUGCAUUUCCUUCUAGGCGCUUUUGACCUUGUGCCAUAACCUUCAUGUGUUCAGUUUAUCUCUUUUGUUUGAAUGUAGUUCAUUUAUUACAUUUUCUUAGCAUAAACAUGCCAUCAAACAUGUGUCUUCUAGGAGAGACAUAGUUUUUUAAAUCAUUAUUUAAUGCACUGAUUCUGAUAAACAAAAUAUUGUACAUCAGAAUGUUGAUAUCAUUGUAGGUUGUACUUUUACCGUCUUACAUGUGUCAAAGUGUUGUGGCUUGUAAUUGUAUUAAAGCAUUCAGUGUUGUGUCAAUGAAUGUUCAGGUUGACAUGCACCCCUGUAGAACCUGGCCCCAAUUUCUUGAAAAUACUUAAGCACUAUAUUAUACCCAAGCACCAAUAGGAAUCGCCUUGUCCUGUACGUCUGUUCUGAGACAUUGGGACAAUAAUAUGUUUUUAGAUGUCGACUUCAAACUUGAUACACAAAUUUACUGUAUUGAGGAGAAUUGCUGCAUAUGGCAUUUUUAGAUUUAAUGCUAUUUGAUUAUUUGUACACUUGUUUUUUGCUUUUGUUUUCUUCGUUCCAUUAACGGCAUAUGUUUUUGAGGCAUUGACUUCAAACUUCAUACACAUAUUGACUGUGUUGAGAAGUGCUGUGCAAAAGAAUCAUUAUUUUGUGUAUGGUUAUUGCCCUUUGAUUAUAUUUUACUUCUCUCCAUAACUACAUGUUUUUGAGGUAUUGACUUCAACUGUACAAAAGACAUAUAAGGACCAUUAAAUUAUGCCUUAUCAUCGGCAUAGGGCAUCAAGGAGCAUACAUCACUCCCAGUGAUACUUCUUAUUACAAGUUGGUGUGGUUGGAAUAUUAAUCACAUCCACCGAUAGCUCUGGUUUCCAUUAGCCAACAACUAGAAAAGUAAAGAAAUUUUACCAAAACAAAAAUUGUGAGCUUAGCUUGAUACUCUAGCUUAAGUUUCUUUGAGAAAUUGUGGCCAGAUGUUAAACCUUUGCAGCACUAUUGCUGCUCUGGAAAGCUAUAAAAUUUAAACAGUUGAUGCUGAAAUGUCCAUGAACACUAAUUUCAAACACUACAAUUCAGUAUUUGUCUGCAUUCACAAAACUAUGUGAUGUGGCUUAUACAGU